UGCCCUGAUUGCAGGGAGACUGGCUUCAGUCCUGAUCUUCACAUCCUUCAUGCUGUUGCUUCUUCCCUUCUGACAUUCCUUUCUUAGAGCCCGCUCCAUUUUAAUGUUCUGCCUGCCGUGUUACUCUCAGUCUGAGCUUGGUGGUGAUUCGCAGAUUCUCAGUCUCAUCCGAUAGCCCCGAGCCACUUGUGAGUCUCGCCUUGCCAGAGCAGGAGCUGCUGGAGGACUGCUCAUUAUUCCAGGAGAUUCCAGGAGCACCUCUCCCUCCCCAUGUCCCUGGUGAACUAAUGCGUGCAGCUCUGAACACGAGCACACUGCGUGCAGGACUGCGGGAAGCUAUGACCCGGCACCAGCUCUGAGGUAGCUGAGUCAGCUUUUCCCCAGGAGCUCUCAGAGCAGCAUCGCUGGAACCAGCAGUGGAGCCGUUUCAACCCAUCAGCUCUUCUAAUGCUCUUUGGCAGAGAUCAAAUCUACACGUUGUACAAUGGUAGAUGGAGUGAUGAUUCUUCCUGUGCUCAUGAUAAUUGCUUUCCCUUCCCCUAGUAUGGAAGACGAGAAGCCCAAGGUAAGCCCCAGACUGUACAUGUGCGUGUGUGAAGGCCUUUCCUGCGGGAACGAGGACCAUUGCGAAGGCCAGCAGUGCUUCUCCUCUCUGAGCAUCAACGAUGGCUUCCACGUCUACCAGAAGGGCUGCUUCCAGGUCUACGAGCAGGGGAAGAUGACCUGCAAGACCCCCCCCUCGCCUGGCCAAGCCGUGGAGUGCUGCCAAGGGGACUGGUGUAACAGGAACAUCACGGCCCAGCUGCCCACUAAAGGGAAAUCCUUUCCUGGAACACAGAAUUUUCACUUGGAGGUCGGCCUCAUUAUUCUGUCUGUGGUGUUUGCAGUAUGCCUUCUAGCUUGCCUACUGGGAGUCGCUCUCCGAAAAUUUAAAAGGCACAACCAAGAACGCCUGAAUCCCAGAGAUGUGGAGUACGGUACCAUCGAGGGGCUCAUCACUACCAAUGUUGGAGACAGCACGUUAGCAGACUUACUGGAUCAUUCGUGUACGUCAGGAAGUGGCUCUGGUCUUCCUUUCCUGGUACAAAGAACAGUGGCCCGUCAGAUCACACUGUUGGAGUGUGUCGGAAAAGGCAGGUAUGGCGAGGUGUGGAGGGGCAGCUGGCAGGGGGAGAAUGUCGCUGUGAAGAUCUUCUCCUCCCGGGACGAGAAGUCGUGGUUCAGGGAAACAGAACUGUACAACACUGUGAUGCUGAGGCACGAAAACAUUCUAGGUUUCAUUGCUUCAGACAUGACAUCAAGACACUCCAGUACCCAGUUGUGGUUAAUCACACAUUAUCAUGAAAUGGGAUCAUUGUACGACUAUCUUCAGCUUACUACUCUGGAUACAGUUAGCUGCCUGCGAAUAGUGCUGUCCAUAGCUAGUGGUCUUGCACACUUGCACAUAGAGAUAUUUGGGACCCAAGGGAAACCGGCCAUUGCUCAUCGAGAUUUAAAAAGCAAAAACAUUCUGGUUAAGAAGAAUGGACAGUGUUGCAUAGCAGAUUUGGGCCUGGCAGUCAUGCAUUCCCAGAGCACCAAUCAGCUCGACGUGGGGAACAACCCACGCGUGGGCACCAAACGCUACAUGGCCCCCGAAGUUCUAGAUGAAACCAUCCAGGUGGAUUGCUUUGAUUCUUACAAGAGAGUCGAUAUUUGGGCUUUUGGACUUGUCUUGUGGGAAGUGGCCAGGCGGAUGGUGAGCAAUGGUAUCGUGGAAGAUUACAAGCCACCAUUCUAUGAUGUGGUUCCCAAUGACCCCAGUUUUGAAGAUAUGAGGAAAGUGGUCUGUGUGGAUCAACAGAGGCCAAACAUACCCAACAGAUGGUUCUCAGACCCGACAUUAACUUCUCUGGCGAAGCUGAUGAAAGAAUGCUGGUAUCAAAAUCCGUCCGCGAGACUCACAGCUCUGCGUAUCAAAAAGACUUUGACCAAAAUCGAUAAUUCCCUAGACAAAUUGAAAACUGACUGUUGACAUUUUCACGGUGUCAAGAAGGAAGAUUUGACAUCGUUGUCAUUGUCCAGCUGGGACCUAGUGCUGGCCUGACUGGUUGUCAGAACAGAAUCCAUGUGUCUCCCUCCCCAAAUGGCUGCUUUGACAAGGCAGACAUCGUACCCAGCCAUGUGUGGGGGAGACACCCAAACCACCCUAACCUCGCUCAAUGACUGUGAACUGGGCAUUUCACAACUAUUCACACUGCAGAGACUGAUGUUGGACAGACACUGUUGCAAAGGUAGGGAACUGGAGGAACACAGAGAAAUCCUAAGAGAGAUCUGGGCAUUACGACAGUGGCUUUGCAUAUCUUUCACUCCCCACGGGAAACUCAAGGAGGUGGUGAGUUUUUAAUCAGCAAUAUUGCCUGUGCUUCUCUUCUUUAUUGCACUAGGAAUUCUUUGCAUUCCUUACUUGCACUGUUACUCUUAAUUUUAAAGACCCAACUUGCCAAAACAUUGGCUGCGUACUCCACUGGUCUGUCUUUGGAUAAUAGGAAUUCAAUUUGGCAAAACAAAACAUAAUGUCAGACUUUGCUGCAUUUUACACAUGUGCUGAUGUUUACAAUGAUGCUGAACAUUAGGAAUUGUUUAUACACAACUUUGCAAAUUAUUUAUUACUUGUGCACUUAGCAGUUUUUACAAAACUGCCUUGUGCAUAUGUUAAAGCUUAUUUUUAUGUGGUCUUAUGAUUUUAUUACCGAAAUGUUUUUAACACUAUACUCUGAAAUGGACAUUUUCUUUUAUUAUCAGUUAAAUUCACAUUUUAAGUGCUUCACAUUUGUAUGUGUGUAGACUGUAACUUUUUUUCAGUUCAUAUGCAGAACGUAUUUAGCCAUUACCCAUGUGACACCACUGAAUAUAUUACUGAUUUAGAAGCAAAGAUUUCAGUAGAAUUUUAGUCCUGAACGCUGUGGGGAAAAUGCAUUUUCUUCGGAAUUAUCCAUUAUGUGCAUUUAAACUCUGCCAGAAAAAAAAAAUAACUAUUUUGUUUUAAUCUACUUUUUGUAUUUAGUAGUUAUUUGUAUAAAUUAAAUAAAAUGUUUUCAAGUCA